ACAAAAUGUACCGCAAAAACACUUUGAAGCAGAGGAAAUGGCUCUCAAUCUCGUCUUCACCUCACACUCUUCUCUCCUCUCCAAACCCCUCACAUUUCCAACCCCAAAACCCCAAUCCCUCUCACUACUCUCUCUCUCCUCCCCAAACCCUAACCCCAAGCUCUCCUCCUUCCGCCCCCGCUCCUCUCUCUCCGACGACACCCCCACCGACGGCGACCGUCCGGCGGCCAAAAUCACCGACGAGUGGGGCGAGGUGGCCGAGCCGGAGCCGGAGCCCGAGUCGACAAUCUCCGAAUCGGACCCUCCGGUGAACGAGGACGAGUGGGGAGGAGCUGAUGAGGCCGUGGAAAUCGGGAAUGGAACUCCGGCCAAAGCUGAGGCUGAGAGCACGGAAGAGGUGGAGGAGGUCGAUUCUAAGCUUACUGAGCUGAAGAGGUGCUUGGUAGAUACGUUCUAUGGGACUGAAUUGGGCUUUCGGGCCGGGUCGGAGGUGAGAGCGGAAGUGGUGGAGUUGGUUAACCAGUUGGAGGCGGCGAAUCCCACUCCGGCGCCGACGGAGAACCCGGGGCUACUUGAUGGCAACUGGGUUUUACUGUACACUGCAUCUUCUGAGCUGUUGCCACUUCUGGCAGCAGGUAGCACAUCUUUGUUGAAAGUUGAUAAAAUUAACCAAUCAAUUGAUACCAGCAGUCAGACAAUUCUGAACACCAUCACAUUGUCCGGCCCUUUUGCCACUUUCUCUUUCAGUGCAUCUGCUAGCUUUGAAGUCAGAAGUCCUUCAAGAAUCCAGGUUCAAUUCAAGGAAGGCACCUUUCAGCCACCAGACAUAAAGUCAAGCAUUGAUCUCCCACAAGAUGUGGAAAUAUUUGGGCAGAGAAUCAAUUUGUCACCUAUCCAGCAAACUCUCAGUCCUCUGCAGGAGGUUGUUGCGAGUAUCUCAAGAACCAUCUCUGGUCAGCAAUCACUUAAGGUUCCCAUUCCAGGUGAGCGGACCCAGUCUUGGCUUCUUACUACGUACCUUGAUGGUGAUCUCCGAAUCUCAAGGGGGGAUGGUGGUCUCUUUGUUCUUGCAAAAGAAGGGAGUCCUCUCCUUGAUCAGUAACCGGGUACAUUCAGUUCUGUCUUUGAUUCAAGGCAUAUAUAUACAUAUAGUCCCUUACUCCAUUUUAUUUGUAUGAAAAGAAAAUGAUAGUAUUUGUAUCAUCUUGUAUAUUAAAAUUGUUUUCAGAUAUAUCAAAGUUGUAUCCGACAUUGCAGUCA